AUGUUUGAAGCUGUGGGCGACUUCUGCUUCUCUGUGCCUCCGGGUUCGAGCGGCGCGUUGGUGGCUGAGACGAUGCUGCAAGAGGAAGGGCACGAGCUGCUUAUACACUCCAAAUCAGCAGUAGAAGAAUAUAGACAGGCUUCACUGAAUGCUGGAGUGUCUCUCGACGCUGACAGCGAGGAGGCAGUAACAGCUACAUGCAACGCCCUUCAGAACAAUGCGCGUAUCAGGGAGGCCCUAGUUGGUCUUUCCAAGGAAGAGCAGGCAAGAGGGGGAGCUCCCGCUUUCUUCGAGCUCAAUUUAGCUGUUGAUUCGAGUAUGGAUGGGAAGGAAAUGACAGCAUGGAUAACGCGGUGUGGCGAAGGCAAGAGUUUAAACGCCGCUUACUCCGUUACAUUUAUAAACCCUGGGGGUUUCUUCUCGCGCCAGUUUUCUUGCCAGGAUCAAGGGCUGCUGCAGCUGCACAUGCUGAUCUCCUUCUUAGCUAUAGCUGUCUGCCUGUCUAUGGUUGCUUUGGGAGUUGCUGCCUCUGCUCUUUUGUGUCUGCUGGGCGCCUCUGUCUCUCCUCACCAACUUAACCCUGCAGCUCUUUAUACUUAUCUCUGUGCUCUGCCUCUACACAUCACCACGGGCGUCGCUUCAGGUCAGCAGCAACAGCAACAGCAGCAGCAACAGCAGCAGCAGCAACAACAGCAGCAACAGCAACAGCAACAGCAGCAGCAGCAUCAUCAUCAUCGAUUUAGGGUUUUGAACGGGGUUCAGCGUAUAUAG